UUGGUGUGCAAGUCCACAGACAGCAGAGAGUCAAGGCAGGAUUCUGAGGAGCCUGUCCUGGUGAGAACCCAGAGAACUGCCGCCACCUUCACAGCAACCAUGGGAGAGAAUGCUGGCAGUGAUCAGGUCAAGGAGAAUCUGAUUGACCUGAGAUGUCACUUCACAUGGGAGCUGCUGUUGGAAGACAUUGACAUACCUGAUUUGGAAAUGAGGAUCUCUGAGGAGCUUGAGUUCCUAGACAUCAAGGAUACAGUGGGAAUGCUCAACCUCCGGGCCUAUGUGAGACACCUGAAAGGCCAGCAUAAGGAAGCCCUGCACAGCUUGAAAGAAGCAGAAGCCUUGAUCCAGGAAGAAGAGUUGGGCAAGAGAAGCCUGGUUACGUGGGGCAACUGUGCCUGGGUGCAUUACCACAUGGGCAGCUUGGCAGAAGCCCAGACCUACCUGGACAAGGUGGAGAACACUUGCAAGGAAUUGGGCAGUCCCUUUCGCUAUAGUAUGGAGUGUCCUGAGAUGGACUGUGAACAAGGCUGGGCCUUGCUGAAGUGUGGAGGACAGAAUUAUAAACGAGCCAUGGCCUGCUUUGCAAAGGCUCUGGAGGUGGAGCCUGAAAACCCUGAAUAUAACACUGGCUAUGCUAUUGUAGCCUAUCGUCUAGAAUGUGAUCACAAUAAUGCUUCUCUAGAACCCCUAAGGAAGGCUGUCAGGUUAAAUGCAAAAGAUCCAUAUAUUAAAGUUUAUCUUGCGCUGAAGCUUCAGGAUGUAGGAGAAGCAGCUGAAGCAGAAAAACACAUUGAAGAAGCCCUCAGUAGCACAUCCUGCCAACACUAUGUCUUUCGCUAUACAGCCAAGUAUUACAGAAGGAAAGGCUGCCUAGACAAGGCUCUCCAUCUGCUACACAAGGCCUUGAAGGCAUCACCUGCCUCUGGCUACCUGCAUUACCAACUAGGGCUCUGCUACAAGCAACAAAUGAUCCAACUGAAGACAUCCAGAAAUGACCAGGCCAGAAGGCAGGGUAGUGUGCAGAAAUUGGCACAACAGGCCAUUUGUGAAUUUCAAGAGGCUGUGAAACUCAGGCCCAGGGUUGAGAUGGCUUAUGUUUGCAUGGCUGAAAUGCAGGCAGAAAUUAACCAAUAUGAAGAAGCAGAGGCAAAUUUCCAGAAGGCACUGAACAUGAAGAAUCUUGAGUGUCAAAUAGAGCAGGAUAUUCAUUUCCGCUAUGGCCGUUACCAACAAUUUCAUCAGAAAUCAGACGACAAGGCAAUCACCCACUACUUAAAAGGUCUGAAAAUAGAAGAAAAGACCUUUGUCUGGAAGAAACUACUCACAGCUUUGGAGAAAGUGGCCACAAGACGUGUUCACCAGAAUGUUCAACUGAUGGAGAGCACCAGCUUGCUUGGGUUAGUCCACAAACUGAAGGGAGACAAGGAAGAGGCCCUGCAGUGCUAUGAGAGAGCUCUGAGGCUCACUGGGGGAGUGAACCCUGAGUUCUGAAUGCAGCUCACCUCUGAGAAGUGAAUGUACUCAUAACUGAGGGUUCCCGGCCUCCUUCCCAGUUUCUUUUUUUAACUUCAUGGCUUGCUGGAAUGCCAAGUAGCUCAGUGCAUGUGCUGCUGCCACCAUUUCUCACCCCUCAUUGUCCUGUCCAGAAGGAACUUACACCCCACUACAUCUGCUCACUUACUGACCAGGACUGACCCCUGCUGAUCUGCACUCCCUUGGGCUGUGGGAUCCUAGGACAUCUUUUCCUUAUGUCUGUGUCUUGGAAAUGAAAGUUGUCCAUCCUCUGCCUGCCAGUGUCCUGGACAAAGAGGUCUUCUCCAAGGAAGCUUUCCCUUUAGGUCAGCAGAUACUCUUAGUAGAGUGCAGUGUCAGAGAAAACCAAGUGAGCAAAGGGGAGAGUUUGAAGGCUGAGAGGUCUCACCUUACUGCAGAAUCAUUCACGGCUAAUUAGAGUCUUAAGUUUGGGGAAAGCCAAGCAGAGGAAACCUGCGGGGACCUUACAGACAGAAGAUGAUAUAAGGAGAUUUGUGCAGUUUUUCUGUGCUAUUGAUAUUGUGUUAUAUGUGAUGUUUUUCCCUCAACUAAAAUAUAUUCAGGAAAAUUCUUGAAAUCACAAUGUCUCAAAGUGUAAUUUGUUGAUAGAAUGGAAAGGAUAUCCUUUCAGUGUCCUCAAGAAGGCUUGGGAUAGAAGAAUCAACUAACAGAAGUCUAGUGGCAGGAAGGAAAGAAAAUUCUGCUUAUAAACCCUGCAAGGGGGUUGUGAAAGGAUGAAGGCUAUAUUUCAUUCUCCACAUAGUGAUAUAGUAAGGGUGACUGAUGCUGCCUUGCUCCCUGACAGCUGUUGUUUAUCAUCGUGAAUUAUGUUACUAGAGAUGGGUUUAGGGUUCAUUCACCUGACACCUGGGAACAUACAGCUGAUAUUUUUAAUACAUGUUUCUAUUUUUGAUAAGCCUAAAUCAUGUUUAUUACAUUCCGGCAAAGUUAAAGUAUAGUGAAAACUCUCAGGAUUCAUAAUACUGCUCCCUCAUAGUCUCAGUCAAUGCAGAGGAAGAGUAACUGAUUGGAAAGGUGAGCACAGGGGAGAGAGAAAGAUUGGGAGACAGCAAGAGGGCAUGCAGUUUGAUUCACAAGCCAGGGUCUGGGAACUUGGCAGACUCUUCUCUUCCAGGAGAGCAUUUUCACACUUGCCCAAGAUAAGACAUCUUUACAAGGUUUUUCAAGGGUUGAUAUGUGGGUCAGACACUGGAUGUUUCACUGUUGUCACUAAGUUUGGUCCCCUUCCCUUACCUCCACGAGAGUUGUAGUCUGCCGGAUCUAAACUAGAGAACAUUAAUGCUUAAAAUUCUCCCCUUGAUUAAAAUACCCUGUAGUUCCUAGGUCCUGGGCUCAGCAAGCCCAGCAUGCACCCAUGUGCCCUGUGUCUGCUGACCCAC